UUGACUAACCUGCCCUUCUCUCUCUCUCUCUCUCUCUCCGCAUACUCUUUUCUACGGUAUAUUCACCGAAACGUCGCCGGAAAGCGUCGCACCAGAGAAUAUUUUCUGGCAAAGGAUCGACGACUUCUCUAGCUCUCUCCGGUUCUGUCCUGCGCCAGGUUGUGGAGUUUCAUCAAGAUCUGUUAUCGACGUUGAUGAUGUUGUAAUGGAAAUGUUUGUUUUAGUUAGAAAUUAGGGUUUUGUUGUGUUCGGCCUCAUUCCCGUUUACUUGGAUUUCCGGGAGCGUUGUUUGUAAUUCCGUAUAAUUUUAUAGUACUUGAGCUGUGGUUAGAGUGAAGAUUUGGGAAAGUUCGGGCUUGAAGAUUUCUCCUUUACUUUGUAUGUAAAUUGAACAGGGAGGUGCUGAGAUCAGUAGUUCUUUCUCUGUUCAGGAUUGGUUCCAAAUCUGGUUUGCUGUGCAUAAAGGGGGAAAGAUUUGGACUUGGCUGCAGUUUGUUGGAUGAUCUCUUCCGAUAUAUAGUUAUUUUAUAUAUAUUUUGUAAAAUUAACGAUGAAGAGGUUGAGGUCCAGUGAUGAUCUUGACUCAUAUGGAGAAAAGAGUGUGUCAAAAGAUUGGGGAAGGAGGGAGGAGGAUCCCAGCUUGCAUCGUUCCUCAUCACACAGGAGUUUUUAUUACAAGUCUGAGGGUGGGAGAAAGGUCCUGUCUUCUUCAUCAUCUAGGUAUGAUCGGUCAGAUGAUGACAGAGAUAGUUUGAGAUCUGUUAGGAAGCGGCCAGAUUAUGAUGCAGACAAUUAUGAUAGACGGAAGAGCUAUGAUCGGUACAACUAUGCAAAUGAGCGAGGGAUCCUGAGCUCUUCCCCAAGGGGAGGGUAUACUGCAGAUCGGAUUCAUCGGUCUGAAAGCUUUUCUGCAACACGUAGGGAAAUUCCAAAGGGAUUUAGAUCAGAAAGGGAUAGGUCUCGGCGGGAGGGGAGUGUGUCAUCCUGGCGCAGGAUUGGUGCUGGAAAAGAUGGUGAAGAAGUUUCGAAAUGUAGUGGUGAGUUAGUUAGAGUAACUAAGGCAGAAUCAGAUGAUGUUGUAAAGGCAAAGUCUCCAUCGGGGAUGAGAGAUGCUAAAUCACCAGCUUGGUCAAAGGACUCUGGGAGUGAACAAUCAAGGAGUGUAGAAAUUAAGAGAGCUGAAGAAUUACAAGUAAAUAGUAGUGGCCAGAGCAGUGAAAUGGAAGAGGGAGAACUACAACCAGAUCCUCAUCCAUUACCUGCCACAGAGACUGCAGAUAAAAAUGAAAUGUCUGCUGGGUUGAACUCAUCAACGAAGGAGCCUGACAAUGAGCAUCAGGUGCAGGGUAAAGAAUUAGAGGAUGGAAAAAAUUCAUUGCUUGCAGAAAAGGUUGAGUCUAAUAAAGUUUGUCAUGCAGAGGUUGAGUCUGAGGAUAGGCAUUCAGAAAAUGCUCGUGUGUUGAAGGAACCUGCCGAUUUACCUGAUGACCAGAGUGCUUCUAUGGGUACAGCUGGAAUUGGAGAUAGAACUGUGAAAGACAUAGAUAGAAGUGACAAGGGUGAGAAGAAUCAUGAGGAAAGUAACUGUUUUCAACAAGAAGUUAAGAACAUGGGUUCAGAGAAGUCUCCACCUUCAAGAAAACCAGGUGAAAUGAAGGGUAUCAAUCUUGAAGCAAUGGCAGAUGAUGCCAAGUUAUCUCAGGUAGACAAGGGGCUCACCAAGGAAACUGGAGCCUGUGAAGCUGUUUUGUCUGUUGCAAAUGAGGAUGCAAUCCAAGCUGUCAAGGACAAGGGCAAAGGUGUGACUAUUUCACCCUAUAUGAUCACAAAUUUGACAGAAGAUGCAUUGAGGUUUGAAAGUGAAUCAAAGGGAAUUGCAUCUUCUAGGGACUUUGAUAUGGAACUACCUAGUGCCAGGGGUCUUGAUUUGUUCUCAUCUGGUCCUGUCAAAAAACCUGAGAAAACAGAUCUUGGCACUUGCAAGCCCAAAGAUGAGAAGCUAGGUUUCGAACCUCUUGAUCUUUCUCUUAGUUUGCCAAAUGUAUUAUUGCCUAUUGGUGCAAAAAAUGCUGUAGAGCCUCCUGGAUCUCCAAGUCAAGCAAGGAGCUUUCAAUCCUAUGACAGCACAUUUCGAACAAACUCUGAUGGGUUUACAAUGUCUAUGUCCUUUUCAGGAUCGCAGCACUUUACCCACAAUCCUAGCUGUUCUUUAACACACAAUUCAGUUGAUUAUGAGCAAUCUGUUAAAAGUAGACCCUUAUUUCAAGGUGUAGAUUGGCAAAAUCUUGCUUCAAAUGAGCAGAAGAAUACUGAAGUUCCAAUAUCUACCAUUUUAUCAAAUGGCGUUGGAUUUCAUCGGCAGUCCCAAUCUUCUCAAGGAAAUUCAACUGGUCAAGCUGUGGCUAAGCAUCUCAAUGUUCUAGAGGGAAAGUCAAGGAUGCCUGUUGUACUGGAUCAACAAAUGAGUUUUAAUAGACAGUUACCCGGUACACAAUCUCGUUAUUCGAAUGGUGCCAGAUCACCUCCACGGAGUGUUGGUUCUUACGAAACUGGAUCAGGCUACACUAAAGACAAGAAACAUGUCAUGAGGGAGAAAGAUGACAGUUUAUACAGAUUCAAUCAAACUGAUGGUAAAGAACAGGCAUCAACUGUUGCAGCUGACUUUAUUGAGUCAAUUAUAACAACUAUGGUGUCUGAACCACUUCAUGUAACUUCCAGGAGGUUUACUGAAAUGCCUGGGCAACAUCUAGUAUCAUUGAAAGAGUAUGUCAAUGAUAUCAUCUCAAAUCCAGGUAAGCAGUGGCAGCUUACUGCCCUUCAAAAAGCACUUCAGAAGAGGACAGACACUACCUUGGAGAUGCUAGUGAAAUUGCACCGGACUCAAUUGGAGAUAUUGGUAUCUCUGAAAACUGGCCUUCAAGAAUUUCUACAACAAAAUUAUGAUGUCUCAUCUUCUGAGCUGGCUGAGAUAUUUCUAAACUUGAGAUGUAGAAAUGUUACAUGUCGAAGUCUCCUGCCUGUAGAUGAUUGUGAUUGUAAAAUUUGCUCCAAGAAAAAUGGUUUCUGCAGUGCUUGCAUGUGUCUUGUAUGUUCGAAGUUUGACAUGGCAUCUAACACAUGUAGUUGGGUUGGAUGUGAUGUGUGUCUGCAUUGGUGUCAUGCAGAUUGUGGGCUUCGUGAAUCUUAUAUUAGAAAUGGGUGCAGUGCAUCUGGAACCCAGGGUACAGUAGAGAUGCAGUUUCAUUGUGUUGCAUGUGAUCAUCCUUCUGAGAUGUUUGGCUUUGUCAAAGAAGUUUUUCUAAACUUUGCCAAGGACUGGACAGCAGAAGCACUUUCUAAGGAACUUGAAUAUGUGAGAAGAAUCUUCUUUGCCAGUGAAGAUGUUAGAGGGAAACGCCUACAUGAGAUUGCUAUUCAGAUGCUGACAAAGUUGUCAAUUAAGGUUGACCUUCAAGAAGUUAAAAAUCAGGUUAUGCAUUUCCUAACUGAAACAGAGUCAGCCAGGUCUGGGAAUGUGCCAAUUGCCCCAAGAAAGGAGAUAGAAACACCAAAUCGCGAAGUGAAUAAUAAAAUAGCCGAAUCCAGCUAUGGACAAGUGUGGUCAAAAUGUCUCGGUGCAGAAAAGCUCCCUCAGUUGGAGAAGUCUGCUGGUUUACCAUCGAAUUUUGAGUGCCAUCGGAAUGAUAAACCCGCAAUGAGCUUAGAUCUGCAGACAAGUAUUCCAAAAGAACCUGUAUUUGAUGAACUGGAGAGCAUUAUCAGAAUCAAACAGGCAGAGGCCAAAAUGUUUCAGUCCCGUGCUGACGAUGCAAGGAGAGAAUCCGAUGCACUGAAGCGAAUUGCAGUUAGCAAGAGCGAAAGAAUUGAAGAAGAAUUCAGCAGCCGAAUCACGAAGCUGCGGUUGACCGAGGCGGAGGAAAUGCGCAAACAGAAAUGGGAUGAGCUGCAGACACUUGAAAGAUCCUACCAUGACUAUUUCAAUAUGAAGAUGAGGAUGGAAACAGACAUCAAAGAUCUUCUGUUAAAAAUGGAAGCUACUAGAAGGAACCUGUCAAUGUGA